CCAGACGAACAAGCUUCGCUAAGGCCACAUCAGGACGCAUCCACAUACAGUAUCGAUGUGGCGCUGAAUCGUCGCGGUGUAGACUACCAAGGUGGUGGUGUUCGCUAUAUACGGUACAAUUGCACCGUCGAUGCAGACCGAGUUGGGUACUCGAUGCUAUUUCCGGGUCGUUUGACACAUCUGCACGAAGGACUGCCAACCACUGAAGGAACUCGCUACAUUGCAGUUUCAUUCUUGAAUCCAUAA